CUGGUGUUGCCAGGUUUAUUGGGCCCACUCCCACUUCUGCAAACUAAGGAUGCCACCCAAGAAGGGGCAAGGUGGGCCGAAGGGAAAAGGCAAGGCCCUGAGAGGAAAGGGGGGGCGCCCGCCCCCGGCGGCUUUGGAGGACAAUGGGCCACCAUGGGCAGCCAUUCUGGCUAGGCUGGAAGCACUGGAGCGCAGCCCACAGCAACCUGAGAUGCCACAGCGUGGCUCAGGCCAGCCCAAUGCACCGCACGGUGGCUUACGCCAGCCUAACGUGCCCCAGAGUGGCUUGCAGCCCGAGGCCCCCCGGGCACAAUCUAGGCCUGCAAGGGCAAAUGAGCCACCAGCUAAGUCAGCCCAUGCGAAAACACAGUGCACCGGGAAUGGGGCUAACAACACUGCUAUUGACGCCAUCCUAGCUCGGCUGGACACGCUGGAGGCUGGGCCCAGCAGGGCUGACGUGAGGACAACUGGUGCAGCGUCGGGGACAGCUCCCACCUCUCAGACCUCCAGAGGGUCCACAUCAGAUGGCACACUGGGCCGCUGGAAAGGAAUGGAGCAGGCACGCAUCCUACUCUGCGGCCACAGCAUGGUUUUCUGGGCAGGCCGCAGAGCAGCGAAGUCACGUUUUGGCAUGCAGCUGGGGCUCAGUCAAUGGGCCUUGGUGCACUGGCUCGGCCGCCGUGGGAUGCGUUGGGAUGGGCUCCUUCCUGCAUUGUUCCAGCCGGCAGUGGAGCGGGCGGUCCCCCAGUUUCUGGUUAUCCACCUGGGAGAAUAA